AUGCAGGGACUGAAAUAUUAUGUUCUCAGCUAUUGGUCAUCACAAACACAACAAACAAAGCACUUCCAGAUAAUGAAGCUAUUCCAAAAUACAUCGGAUUUUGAGUACCCAUGGGACCAGGUCUCGGCUGCCAACUGGAACAAAUACCCAAAUGAAGUCUCCACCCAUGUCAUCGCCGUGGAUGUUCUACGCAGAGAAUUACAAGAUGAUGGUAAUAGGUUGGUCACGGAGAGAUUGAUCACUGUCAGACAAGGUGUUCCUCGUUGGAUCAUGUUGAUGGUUGGCGGGGAUAAUACUAGUUAUGUCAGAGAAGUGUCGACGGUGAAUCUGCUGAAGAAAGAGUUGGUGUUAAAGAGUUGUAACUUAACCAUGAGAAAUAUUUUAACCGUUUUUGAAACUGUCAGAUAUAGUCCACAUCCUGAUUUCCCUCAGGAAAAGACUUUGUUCGAACAAAGUGCCAGGAUUACCGCCGGUGGUUCGUUAUCAUUUGGGAGAAUAUGUAGUAAGAUGGAAGAAUGGAGUGUGGAUAGAUUUUGUGAGAAUGCUAAGAAGGGUAAGAUUGGAUUUGAAUCUGUAUUAAAGGAAUUUCAUGAAAGAUACGUGAAUGAUUUAAGUAGCUCUAUUGUGUCCAAAGUUAAUGAAACUGUGGAAGAUGUCAAAUUAACUGCCGGUUCCCUAUUUAAGGAAACUGAAAAGAAAUGCUCCAUCCUAUCGGAUUAUUAUGAUUUAUUUAUGGAUGCAAUUAGAGAUGAAACUCAUGGUCAUUCAAGUUCUUCGUAA